AUGUGUCACACUUAGCACAGCCCCGGAAAGGGCGGAACAUAAAAAUAAAAACAGAAUCAAGAUGGCAACUGGUCCAGAGAACGGACUAAAAAGAAUAGUUUGGAAAAGAAUUAAAGAAACAAUUAUUGAAGACUGCAGGAAAUCUGAAGUAUGGAAGGUAUUGAUUUUGGACACUUUCACCACAAGACUCCUUUCAGCAUGCUGCAAAAUGUCUGAUCUGAUGUCCGAGAAAAUAACAAUUGUGGAGGACCUGUACAAAAACAGAGAACCUGUUCCAGAAAUGAAGGCUGUCUACUUUAUCACACCCACAACUAAGUCCGUGGAUGCCUUUAUUGCCGAUUUCAAGUCCAAACCAAAGUACAAAUCAGCAUAUGUUUAUUUCACUGAUUACUGCCCUGAUGACCUAUUCCACAAUAUGAAGCUGAACUGUGCAAAGUACAUCCGGAUAUGUAAAGAAAUUAACAUAUCCUUCAUGCCUCAAGAAGCACAAGUGUUCACCUGUGAUAAUCCGGGAGCCUUUCAGAGCAUCUACAGUCCCAACAGCCAGGACAGAAAGAAGACGCUGGAGACGCUCGCAGACCAGCUCGUCACGCUCUGCGCCACGUUAGACGAAUACCCGGGGGUCCGAUACAAAAAAGACGCCAACAUGGAAAAUGCCAAGAUCCUUGCAGAGUUGGUAGACAACAAACUGUCCAGACACUACACGCUGGACGACCGCACCAAGAAAAAGGAAAAAACUCAGGCCCAGCUGUUGAUAGUCGAAAGAGGGUUUGACCCGGUCAGCCCUAUCCUGCAUGAGCUAACCUACCAGGCCAUGGCUUACGACCUUGUUGAUAUCCAGAAUGACACAUACAAGUACAAGUCCAAAGACGGCACAGAGAAGCAGGCCCUGCUGAAUGAGGACGACAUGCUCUGGGUCAAGUUGAGGCACAAACACAUUGCUGAGGUGUCCGAACAAAUCCCUAAGAUGGUAAAGGAAAUAUCCGCCAGCAAAAAACAGCCGGAUGGAAAGAUCACCAUCAGCAAUUUAGCCCAAAUGAUGAAAAAGAUGCCAUCUUUUCGUAAACAACUGACAGCGAAAUCUGUUCAUCUUCAGUUGGCCGAAGAUUGCAUGAAACAUUUUUCAAACAAUGUGGAGAAGCUGUGCAAGGCUGAGCAGGACCUAGCUGUGGGCUUGGACGCAGACGGGGGCAAAGUGAAGGAUCCUAUGCGGACUCUGCUGCCAGUGCUACUGCACCCAUACAGCACCUAUGACAGGAUCCGAGCUGUGCUGCUUUACAUCUUCAGCCUCAAUGGAACAACAGAUGAGAACUUGAGCAAACUCAUCCAACAUGUGAAGAUCGAAGCCGAGAGAGAGUUUAUCCUAAACUGGAAAGAACUGGGAGUUCCCAUCAUCACGUCUCCCAGUUUCUUUUCUCGCAAACCUUCCAGACGUGAUCGCUCUCAGGAAGAGAUGUACAACCUUUCCAGGUGGACACCUGGCAUAAAGGAUGUAAUGGAGGAUGCUGUGGAGAACAAACUUGACACCCGGGAGUGGCCCCACCAGUCUGAGUGUCCAACAGCUUGGAACGGUUCUGGAGCUGUCAGUGCACGUCAGAAGCACAAGUCCAGUGCUCAGGACGAACGUCGGACGGGCUCGCGCCUCAUCGUUUUUGUCAUCGGAGGAAUCAGCUACUCGGAGAUGCGCUGUGCCUACGAGGUGACACAGGCGGUCAAGUCCUGCCAGGUCAUCAUAGGGUCUUCCCACAUUUUGACCCCCAACAGUCUGCUGGAUGACAUCAAGUUCCUGAGCAAAGGACCCGUGGAAAUUUUCACAAUAGAGGAGAAGAACAAUGUCUAAAGUUCUACUAUUAGACCACCAAAAUAGCAUCAAAAUGGGCACCUGAAGGGAAUUUAUUUGUAUUGUUUCUGAUAUUACAGUAGACAUAAAAGCACACAUUGGACUAACUUAGUCAUGUCUGUUAUGGAUUUACUGUGCACCAUUAAGAAAUUGAAACGUACAGAUCGAUACUGUUACUGGCCUCACCCUGUCCUGGUAACAUACUGAUAACUUUUAUCUCUAAGAUAUGUUCAAUGAAGGGUGAGUGAAAUGAGCUAAUGUAUAUAAUGUAUGUAAGCACUGAACUCUGCUCGGUCAUUCUGACUUACAUUAUCAUCUCUGCGUAUUAACACUUCCCGUUAUUGUCAAAGUGUUUUUUAACAGUUACUUGGUGUUUUCUUAAACUGAACAACUGACUAAUAAAUGGAUGAAGUGGUUCAAUUUA